CGCCGCCGGGACCGGCCGAGGGCCCGCGCCCCGCAGCGCUCGGGCCGCCCGCGGCCGUGGCCGGGGUGCGAGAUGGCCGCCGGCGGGAGCCGCGCCGUCCUGGGGCUGUGGCUGCUGGCGGCGGGGCUGUGCGGCGCGGUGGCGGCGGGCAGGUCCCCCAGCUGCCACGAAGUGCGGACGGCGUUCCAGCUGCGGCAGAUCGGGCCCCUCAAGCUGGUCCCCGACGUGCCCACGGCCGAGUCAGAUUUACAGAUCUGUCAACACAGGGCACCAACAUGUUGCACCAAAAAAAUGGAAGAAAGCUACCAGGCAGCUGUCCGAAGGGAGAGGACUCAGAGCAUCCAGGCACUGAACUUUGAGCUGAAGUACAUGAUAGUUGGGCACAUCACAGCUUUUCAAGAGGCGUUUGAGUCUUUGCUUCGCUUUGCCGAAAACCGCACGAGUUCCCUGUUUGAGACAGCUUACAGACCUAUGGCAAAAGAAGCAGCAGAGCCUGUUAAGGAGCUUUUUACAGACAUCUCUCUCUACAUUCUGGGCGCAGAGACCACAGUGGAAAGUGCAGUACUGCGCUUCUUUGACAGUCUCUUUCCUCUGGUGUACAGCCGGCUAAUAAACCCAGGAAUUACAGAUCUGUCAGAGGACUAUACGGAGUGUCUGCGGCUUACAAGGCAAGACAUCAAUCCUUUUGGACACUAUUCUAAAAACAUGGUUACAGAGCUGUCAAAAUCUCUUUGGGCCAGCAGGAUGCUGAGCCAGGCCCUGAGCCUGGGCAUUGAAGUGAUAAACACUACAGAGCACGCGGCUGUGAGCAGGGAGUGCAGCAGAGCCCUGGUGAGGAUGCAGUACUGCCCGCACUGCCAGGGGCUGACGCUCAUCAGGCCCUGCGUGGGAUAUUGUCUCAAUGUCAUGAGGGGCUGCCUGGCCAGCGUGGCAGAGCUGGAUGCACAGUGGAGGGAGUUCAUCUCCACGCUGGAAUAUCUGACUAAUGAAAUGGCUGCCUCCCACGAGCUGGAGGUUGCUCUGGCGGGGAUCUGGAGCUCCAUCAACGAGGCCAUCCUGCACGCGCAGCUGAACGGACCGCAGCUCUCCGCUACAGUUGAUAAAGUGUGUGGGCAGCCCAAGCAGCAAGAAGGGAACCUGUCAUCAGCCAAUAUUGUGCCAGUGAAGGAAGUGACCGAAACCCAGACGUUUGUGAUGGCUCACACCAGCCUGAACAAUAAAAGAAGUUCUCUGCCUCUGAAAGCUUCAAAGAAUGACAAAUCAAGAAGUUUGAAAAAAAUCUCUCGAGAGUUCAUCAAUUACAUGAAGCGAUCCCGAACCUUUUAUGCCUCUAUAGCAGAAAGGCUUUGUGAUGGAGACCUGGUGAUGAGAGACAGCUCGACCUGCUGGAAUGGAGAGGAUGUUGUAGAAAGUUAUACCAGCAGAGUUGUUUCCAAUGGACUAAAGGCACAAAUUAAUAAUCCAGAACUGAAAGUCAAAGGAUUGGACCCACUCAUCAACAAUUUAAUUGAUAAACUUAAGCACUUCAAUCAACUGGAUGCUGAGAAGGCAAAGCUGAAGCUGGAGCGAUGGGGUCCCCGAGAUGCUGGCAGUGGGGAUGGAAGGAGUGAGGAGAUGGAGUCAAGUGGAGAUUGUGAUGAUGAGGAUGGCUGCCAAGGAUCCGGGGACAGGAUGCACACAGCAGAUGUACUCAAGGACAAGAAAACCCAUCCAGAAAACAGAAACGAACUAAAACCAACCGUGAAAAAGAUGGACACCACAACCACCACAAGCAUUGUCAAGUCAUCCUCCAAACACAGUGUAACUGGAAAUGGGAGCAGCCCAGCCCUGAGUCCCUCCCUUGCUGUUGUGGCAGCACUGGCAGCUCUGUGGCUCUGUCCCCUGUAGCUGCAUUGCCCUGCAGAUGCUGUGCUAGUGCUCCUGUUCACUGUCAUUGAUACCUGCAGCCUUACCCGGCAGGAAACAAAUGGAAAUGGCUCUCUAGUUGAUGGGAUUUGUUAGGAUAAAUAAGAAGUGAAAUGCUGGAGUUGGCAGAUACCAAGUGUCAUCACUUAAAAUGUCUGAAGAUAGCCUUUGGCAAAGCCCACCCAAGGUACAGCGAGGAUGAUCACAAGGGUCUGAGUAGCUUAAGUGAUGGGGUAGAAAUAACUGAAAACACAGAAAUUGUGUAUGUGUGCAUUACUGUUUUUAUCGAUUUCGUUUGCUAGAAUCUGACUGGCUGUUAUUUGUUUAAUUUUUCUGGUAAGUUAUAUGAGUGGUCAGUCUUCAAAUUCAAGGCAAUCCAUACUUUGUUUUUUAAGUGAACAGCUAAGAAGCUGUGCUACAGUUGAUAAAAUCCCAGAAUGUUAUGGGGCUGGGAUGGACCUUAAAGAUCAGCGAGUGCCAGCCCCGGUACCAGGUUGCUCCCAGUACGGUGAAGAGCUCUCCACCAGCUUGGUGAAAUUCCUGAAUGGUCAAGAAGAUCAAAGCAUGUUUGAAACUUCUUUUCAUUCUUACUGUUUAGAUUGUAGGAAGCGACAUAAAAACAUAUGGUGUGUCUAAUAUAUCAGUAUAGUUGCCUUAACUGUGGAAAAAAUAGAACCACUUUGUUUACUGAGGGACAUAGAUAGUGAGUUUCCCUGCCCCACAAAAUGUCAUUACCAGAUGCUUAAGCAUAUGCUCAAGGCUUAUUGGAUGAAUGUCCAGCAAAGGGAAACAUAAAUAAACAUAAAAAUGUUUUAUCCACUUGAAUGCAGCUCUGUACAGAAAAGGAAAAAAAAAAAAAAAAACUUAGUUCAAACUUACUUUGCCUAUGAGAUGUUUCAUAGAAAGCAACUUAAGUUUUCCAUAAAGAUCCCAGAGAUAUAAAUUAUUGGGAACUCCCAUUAGACACUAACUAGAUUUUGUGUAUUAUGGAUCUCUGAAAGCAACUGUUUCAUAAACUGUGUAUUAUUUAAUUACAUUUACUGUUUAAAAUUUUUGUAUCACAUCGAUGUAAAUGUAAAACAUUCUGAAAUCUAGAACAUUCUCUGUUAUGCUUCAUCUUGAUUGCUACCCUAGAAAAUGUCAAAUGUGCAUUAUAUUACAAGGCUAUUUUUUUUAAGUCAAUGCAUUUUAACUUUUUGGAUGAAAAAGUACUAUAAUAACUUCUAAUGGGUUAAGAGUUGAUGUGUGUUUUCCAACAACUGUUUACAGUGCCAUUGAAUAUAUGUAUACAAACACAACUGUAUUAAUACAGUGAUUAAUAUGAUAAAUAUAUGAAACAUUAGAAUUACUACAUAACUGUUACAACGUUUAAUGGCCAUUUUCAUGUUGUAGACUAUUCUUAUGUACAGUUUUGUAAGAUUUAAUGUAAAACACUUGCCUUUGGCUUUUUGUAAGACAUCUCUUUGAUAGUUGGCGUUACCCAGUCACUGAGAUUACUCAAAAGAGGAGCCCUGGAUCUCACUAACCAGCUUCAGGCUUUUUAUUGCCACCUUUGAUUCCAGAAGCCUGACUCAAAGAAGGUGCCAUGGGCCAGGAUUACUGCUGGGUGUCACCACACAGGAGGUGACAAUAGUACAGAACAAGCACACAGUAAGUCAGCAAAGCUCACUACGCUCACACAUUUCCAGACAGUAUCAGUGAACAUGUCUAAUUAUGUUUGCAAACGUGGGGCUUGAGUUUCAUUUCCACUUUUGGUUCCAAGAUCAUAUUUAUGACAUAAAGGUAUGAUCAGACCCAUGGAUGCUGCAAAGGCAGCGUCUCUAAAGUGGCAGCAGCUAAAUUUUCCUAAAGAUAAUUUGAUUUUACUGUUACAGAGAUAAAAUGGAGAAGAUAUUUACAUUAAGUAUUUUAUAUUUUAACUCUGAUUUUUUCACAACGGUAAGGAUAUUAAUAUCCCUAAGGAGUGUUUUCCAGGGUUUGUGAGCUGCACCAAUCUAUGGAACUUUAAUUAAGAAUGCUGUUUCUUGUAUUCAUUUCUGGUGCCCUUUGGAAAAGUGCUGUUUUACCUGCGGAGGCAUGCAGGUCCCAUCAUUUGUGCAGUGGAAGGACUCUGUAAUGCCUGGCAGAAUCCUGCACUGUGAUGCUGUGUCAGACAGGAGCUGUGUGUGCACACACAGAGAUGUACCUGGGUGCUCACACUCAGCACCUGCCCCUCAGCUCACACCAAGCACUGUGGCCUCACUGCAGCAAUUCCAGCCUGAUUUGGUGUCCUCACGCUGACAGUGCUCAGUCAUCCUUCAGGCCCUGAAAGUGUCCAUCAGAAUUCCUAUGGAUAGGAGUUUCAGGGCUGGGCUCCAAUCCUGGCAGAUGUCAGCUGUGCAGUUUGGAGUUUCCAGGUUUUCCUCACCUGCAGAGAGGGAACUCGAACAGCCAGAGCCAGGUGUGUGUCUGAGAUCUGUUCUGGAAAAGGUUUCAGCAGCGAUCUCACCAGCCACGUGUUCAGCUGCAGCAGAGGGAGCUGCAGAAGGCCCCCAGGAGCAAGAAUGUGAUAAUUCACCCAGGGGGUUAUUUGUUGUUGCUAAAUGUCAUAAUUUGGCUAAACAGAAACCUCUGAAAAAUCAAGAGUUUGGAUUUGGGGAUUGGUUGGCAAAUAUAUGUAUUCAUCUCUUAAGCUAAACAUGGCAACCCUUUAAAAGUUUCUAUAACAAAACACAACAAGUUCAACUCAUGGGGUGAGAUAGAAUCAACUCAUUUCCUUGGACUCAAACAAUAUUUUUUUAGGCACAACUUGAUGCAGAAUGAGGGAAGAGGGCUCUACAUCAGUUAAUACAUUUCAUGCAAAAACAUUUCUACACUGUAAGAAGAGUACUGGUCAAACCAGCAUGAAAUAUGUUCACAAUGAGUAUCAAAAAUGGUGCCAUUUUAAAGGGCAGUGCAGUUUCUUUUUACUAGUGGUUUAUGAUUAUUUUUUUCCCUCAAGAUCAGUUGCAUUCACAUGUUUCAAAAAGAAUGUUUUCCAUCAAACAAACCAUCUAUACCAGCAUAAGCAAAACCAACUGGCUGUGUCAGAUAAAGGAAGCAUUCAUUUUCAGAUGAAUAAGAUACCUGCUUUACAAAGUCUUAGUUUGUUACCCAGGACACUGUAAUUAUGAUGUAAUUACAAAGGUCUAAAUUCAAAAUACUUUUGAACUUGUAUAUGUAAUCUCAGUGUAAAAUAAGGUACCAGUCUAAGAACAUUGCUGUAGCCUUGCCUAACAGUUACAAAUUGUAUUUAGCCACUGCUUUCUGAUUGUUUAUUGUUUUGCUAUGACUUUCUUUGAAUAUUUUGCUGUGCCCACAUUUGUGAAUGCCAGCGUUGGAAAGUAACUGCUGUCAUACAUUUGUGAGUAAAAUCAAUGUACAAUUUUC